AUGAUCAGAACACUUCUACAACACCAAAGAUUCCCAAUAAGAUUGCAUGCUCGAAGUUUAUCACAGUAUACACGUAAUCCACAAAUAUUCAUCCAUGAAUUAGGCCCUGGAAAUUAUAAGUUCUCCCUUUCUAAAUCCCCUGAUGCAUUAGACAUGGGCAUAUCCUCUUCUACUAAUCCAACUCCUGCCAAUUUCAGUAUUAGAGAUGAAUUUAAACAAUUGUUGAAUGACACAAUGAAGAACCAAAUUCAUGACGAUUUUACAUUCAUCAUGGAAGCAAGUACUAAUGCCAAUUCUUUCAUGCCAAUAUAUGACAUGAGAGAAAUCCCAAGAUAUGGUCGUAUUCCAUAUAUCGAAGAUGUGUUUGGUUAUGUAAUGGUUAAUGACAAGGGUCAGUUGAUCCCCGAUACUUAUCAAGAAAAUGACAUGUAUACUAUGUGCAGCGGGAAAACUGGGUUACCCAAAUUUAGCGAGUUUAUGUAUUUGACAUUACAAGAGAAAUGUGAAGCAAGAAAACUGGACCCUGUUUUAUAA